AUGUCUUGCUUCGGCGGCUCCAACGAACAGAUCUAUCUAAUCGAGAUACUGAUCGAUAAAUUGACGUUGACGCCCGUUAAAAUCAAAGACAUCGGCGAACAUCCUAUCGUGAUUAAGAUCGUAUUCUUAGAUCUUCCCGUGUUCGAGUUUACGCGCGACUCGGACGCGCCGAAGCGCGAUCAUCAGGAAGACGUGCGUUUCCUGAUUGGCAAAAGCUGUCUGUUCGUCAAGCGACCGCGGGAUCUUGUUAGCGAACUUCGUUCGACGAAAGUGAGAAUAGGGGUGUUUCGCAAGGGUGACACUUAUCCUACGGCGGAGACCGAUUUAAUUCUGCCGGGCUGCCUAUGCGACCAGGUCGCCAUGAUCGGCAACGAUCCCGACAAUCAGCCGGCGCCGUUUACAGUAAAGGGUGGUUUUCACCUUGUCGAUCCAGGCGAAAAUCCCUCGGGGACGCUGUACCUGGAGCUCGUCAUCGCGUGCCUCGGACGCGUCUUUAAGACGAAUUACGAGAUACGUCCGAAAUCUCUCGCUUCCGAUGAGCGGGACAAGGAACGGGAGAUCUAUGUGAUACGAUUCGUAUCGCCCGAAUUUCUCGACAAAAUCCCUGAGAAGGCAGAGAUUACACCGAAAGUCCGCGAUUUAAUGAUACGUGUCAACUUUAUCGAUUUCACAUCCGUCGACAUCGUCGCCGAGGAAGGCAAAAAAAUCAAGAACAAAGAAAAACGAUUCUCCGACGAAUGCGUCAAAUACGAGGGCAAGACGUGUCUAUUCGUUCGACCGCCAAGCAAUUUAAUACAAUCUAUAAAAUCGACUCCUCUGAGCGUCGAAGUGUAUCGAAUUCUUCGCGGAGAAGAGGAGUGUAACUCGCGAGAUGACACUGGCCAGGUUCUUGUCUGCAUAGCAACGGAAUUUCUGCCGGGAUAUUUUUGCGAUCGCGUAAUCGCGGCCAAGACCGAGAUAGACGGAUUGUCGAAGCCGUACACGAUGAUGCAGGUUUACACCUUGGCCGACCAGCAAGGAUACCCCUGCGGAUCUAUCUCGAUGUACCUGAGACUGUCGUGCUUCGGAAGUUCCAUUAUCAAUCAUCUUACGCUUCGCGAGAAGUCGUUCGUGUUUCGAGGAUUUCCUCUUGGUUGGAAGUUUCAUUGCGCAGGACUCUCCGAUCAAAGUAUAAACGACGAGAAAAAUAGACUGCAACGCGAGGAUAACACGUUUUCAUUAUUAAGUAAAAUUCUCGAUCCCGCGUAUUCGGAAUUACACGACGAAAAAUAUAUAGAUACAGAUGCGCGUUUUGCAUUGACGAGACCAGAAUCGCCGCCUCGUGUAUCAAUGAACGAACCGGGAUUUGAGAAGCUGACGAGCGCCGAGAAACUAAAUGAUCGCAAAUAUCGUGGUUUAAUUUACGAGAUAUAUCCGGACGAGCCUACUUGUUCGUGUCUACCGACAAAUCAAUCGACGCAUCCUAUGAUGUGUCGUUCCGGAUGCGUUCGCUCUUGUUGCAUGGCUUUGAGAAAUCCCGAUAUUCUCAAAAACAUUUCAUCGCUCGCUACGCUUAACGAUCGCGUGGAUAAUUUACCAUCAGGCGCGGAACGGGAUGCAAAUUCUGACAAUACGAGAAUGAGAGGUGGCGAAGACACAGGCGAUAAUUUAAAUAACAAAAUGUUAUGGAGCAAGGAAUGCACAGAAUGGUACAGCAACAAUAUCAAUUUUAAAAAUCGCAUGAAGGGCGGAAGCGACUAUGGUGCGUCGGCGUAUGCAGCUUCCGAAACAAGCGUCACAUAUGAAAAGAGUAAGGAAGCAUGCAACUCACCGGGCAGACGUCCAAGAACAGCGGAUGGAGCAGUGGUGGCAGGGCGUUACGUUUGUCCUGGGCAAGAGAUGUCGUCUUGGAGACCGAGAAGCUCGCAAUGCACGAAAAAACCAUGCGUGGGCGCAGAUUGCAUGAUACGGGCCUUCAAGGAGGCGCAAGAUUUCGUGGACUCCAUCGGCAAGGUUCCGGGUCUGGUAGGCCUUGGCUUGAUGGAUCCGUCCGAGAGUCCCUAUUUCGGAAGAGAAAUUGAUAAAGAUUAUUCAGUUCAAGAAAUACCAAGCGAGAAAAAACGAGCGUAUCCCCCCGUCUCGGCAUUUCCGUAUUUACAAUGUACCGCCCCGUGCAACACGCAGCUCGGAACCGUCGCUUCUUCCAUUCCGAUCCCAGGACGCGCCGGUGUUGUCCGGGAAGCGAUACCAUCGAUACCGGAUGCGACGCUGGUCCCGAUCACCGUCAAGCCGAAGAAGAAGGAGGACAAGAAGGAGGAGAAGUUAGAGAAGCAGAAGGAGAAAGAGCUGGAUGUUACGACCGUGACGCCGGACGUCGACGUCGGUCCCUGCGGCGAACCAAAAUGCAAAUCGCGCCGGAAAAAAGUUCGCGACAAUCGGAUACCGCCGCGCGAGGAAACUAUCGAGGAGUUGCAGAAGUCCGUGACACUAUCGAGCUCGAUCACCACGAAGGGCGUUAGUAAAUACAUUGCGAAACAGCAAUAUCCGAGGAGUAAAGCUCUACCUGGUCCAGCUGGGGAUCGCGACGUCGCGAGAGGAGAGAGUCCGAUUAAAAUUAGCAAACGCGUGAUGCGCUUCAUCUACUCGAUUGGCGACGUUUAUCCCGGGACUAAUUACGGUCACAGGAACUGCAUCGAUCCGCGAUUACGAGUGCCGGCCAAUAUGGGCUGGUUAUGGAACACGAGCACGACAGUGGGCAAGCUAAAGCCGCGAAUCGGCUGGAAACCAGGCGCAAUAAGUCGUUAUUUGAGCGAAAUGCUGAAGGAGGCUAAGAAAGGCGCUCCCCCGAUGGAGGAUAGUCGACCGAGAUUGGUACCCUCGCGCACCGGCUUACGACGUGGCAAGUUGUACAAGAGUCUGAGCUACGUGUCGCAGUUGAAGAAGGAAGCUGAGGACGAAGUCGAACCGCCGCCCACCCUACAUAUCCAUCGAAAGGACGGCACGUAUUACGUGACUAUGUACCCGAUCAGGCAGGAGACUGCAGAGCCGCAACUUGAAGAGCCGAUGAAGCCGCUCCAGUUCAAGAUCGCACGGAACAAGGACGACGCCUCCGUCGCGACGAGCUCCACGGCGUCGGACAUGGAGAUCGAGUUCUCGCCACCGGCAGCGGUCAACAGGUAUCGCAGAAAACCCGACGUGAUCCACGUGGACACCCAGGUCAGGCAGCAGGAGAUCCUGGACGCCUUCAAGUCCACGGUCGACGUGCCUAAGAAGAGGGAUAAGAAGGGUAAAAAAGGAAGGAAGUAACGAGACCCCGGUUGUUUUUUCCCUCCCUCUUUCUUGCCUCCU